CCUGACAAGCGGCAGACCGCCAACCCAGCAGGGGGCGCUGUCGGGUUGGCGGCGCGAUCACCCCGCGCAGCACCGCCCCGCCCCGCCGCCGUCACGCCACCCGCUCGGCUGCCGCUGCGUCAGCCAGGCAAGAUGGAGACUGCCGAGGAAGCAGAUAUAUGCCGAGUCUGUCGGUCUGAAGGAACUCCUGAGAAACCCCUGUAUCAUCCGUGUGUGUGUACUGGCAGUAUUAAAUUCAUUCAUCAGGAAUGCUUAGUUCAGUGGCUUAAACACAGCAGAAAAGAAUACUGUGAAUUAUGUAAGCACAGAUUUGCUUUCACACCAAUUUAUUCCCCAGAUAUGCCUUCACGGCUUCCAAUCCAAGACAUCUUUGCUGGACUGGUUACGAGUAUUGGCACAGCAAUACGAUACUGGUUUCAUUAUACACUUGUGGCCUUCGCGUGGUUGGGAGUUGUACCUCUUACUGCAUGUCGUAUCUACAAGUGCUUGUUUACUGGCUCUGUGAGCUCACUACUGACACUGCCAUUAGAUAUUCUAUCGACGGAGAACUUACUGGCAGACUGUUUGCAGGGUUGUUUUGUGGUGACAUGCACUCUGUGUGCAUUUAUCAGCCUUGUUUGGUUACGUGAACAGAUCGUCCAUGGAGGAGCACCACAGUGGUUGGAACAAAAUCAGCAGCAGCCACUCAAUGGUGUUGGUCAACAAAACGAGGCUCAGGCUGUUGCAAAUGGAGGUGUUGAAAACGCUGUGCUUGAUCAGCCUGCUAACCCAGCUGCUGACAAUGCAGUUGUAGGUGAGAACCCUGAAAUUCAAGAAGAACAAGUAGAUGAAGAGGAAGAGGAUAACGAAGAUGAAGAAGAUGCUGUAGUAGAAGAUGCAGCAGAUGCAAACAAUGGAGCACAAGAUGACAUGAACUGGAAUGCUUUGGAAUGGGAUCGAGCAGCAGAAGAGCUUACUUGGGAGCGAAUGCUCGGGCUUGACGGAUCCCUGGUUUUUUUAGAACAUGUCUUUUGGGUGGUAUCUUUAAAUACGUUGUUCAUACUUGUGUUUGCAUUUUGUCCAUACCACAUUGGUCACUUCUCCAUUGUUGGCUUGGGCUUUGAGGAGUAUGUUCAAGCAUCUCACUUUGAGGGACUGAUUACAACUAUAGUUGGAUACGUUCUGCUGGCAGUGACUCUAAUAGUUUGUCAUGGUUUGGCAGCGCUUGUUAAGUUCCAGCGGUCACGUCGUUUGUUAGGAGUUUGCUAUAUCGUUGUCAAGGUUUCCUUAUUAGUUGUGGUAGAAAUUGGUGUGUUUCCUCUCAUCUGUGGCUGGUGGUUGGAUAUAUGCUCUUUGGAAAUGUUUGAUGCCACUUUAAAAGAUAGAGAAUUAAGCUUUCAGUCUGCCCCAGGUACCACAAUGUUCCUGCACUGGUUAGUUGGGAUGGUUUACGUCUUUUAUUUUGCAUCCUUCAUUCUCUUACUGAGAGAGGUAUUGAGACCUGGUGUCCUGUGGUUUCUCAGGAAUUUGAAUGAUCCAGACUUUAAUCCUGUGCAGGAAAUGAUUCACUUGCCCAUUUAUAGACAUCUCAGGAGGUUUAUAUUGUCAGUGAUUGUCUUUGGAUCAAUUGUACUGCUCAUGCUCUGGCUUCCUAUACGCAUUAUUAAAUAUCUCCUGCCUAACUUUCUCCCAUAUAAUGUUAUGCUCUACAGUGAUGCUCCAGUAAGUGAACUUUCCCUAGAGCUCCUUUUGCUUCAGGUGGUGCUUCCAGCUUUGCUAGAGCAAGGGCAUACAAGACAGUGGCUGAAAGGUCUUGUACGAGCGUGGACUGUUACCGCUGGAUACUUGCUAGACCUCCAUUCUUACCUACUUGGUGACCAGGAAGAGAAUGAGAACAAUGCAAACCAGCAGCCUAACAAUCAUCAUGCUCGCAAUAACAAUGCCAUUCCAGUUGUGGGAGAAGGUCUUCAUGCAGCCCAUCAAGCCAUACUUCAGCAAGGAGGACCUGUGGGUUUCCAGCCUUAUCGGAGGCCUUUAAAAUUCCCACUCAGGAUAUUUCUUUUGAUUGUUUUCAUGUGUAUAACAUUAUUGAUCGCCAGUCUUAUCUGCCUUACCUUACCAGUAUUUGCUGGCCGAUGGCUAAUGUCAUUUUGGACGGGGACUGCCAAAAUUCAUGAACUGUAUACAGCUGCUUGUGGUCUUUAUGUCUGUUGGUUAACUAUCCGAGCAGUGACUGUGCUAGUAGCCUGGAUGCCACAGGGUCGUAGAGUGAUUUUUCAGAAGGUCAAAGAAUGGUCUCUCAUGAUAAUGAAGACGCUGAUAGUGGCAAUACUGCUAGCUGGUGUAGUUCCACUUUUGCUUGGUCUUCUGUUUGAGCUGGUCAUUGUUGCGCCUUUGAGAGUUCCUUUGGAUCAAACACCUCUGUUCUAUCCUUGGCAGGACUGGGCUCUUGGAGUUCUGCAUGCCAAAAUAAUUGCUGCCAUAACUCUGAUGGGUCCUCAGUGGUGGCUGAAAACAGUUAUUGAACAGGUAUAUGCAAAUGGGAUUCGUAACAUUGAUUUACACUUCAUAAUCUGUAAACUGGCAGCACCAGUGAUCUCUGUUCUGUUGCUUUCCCUGUGUGUACCGUACAUCAUAGCUUCUGGUGUUGUACCUUUACUAGGAGUUACCGCUGAAAUGCAAAACCUCGUUCAGCGUCGGAUUUAUCCUUUUCUGCUCAUGGUGGUGGUUUUGAUGGGAAUCCUCUCCUUCCAAGUCCGCCAGUUCAAGCGCCUUUAUGAACAUAUUAAGAAUGACAAGUACCUUGUUGGGCAACGUCUUGUGAAUUAUGAACGAAAAUCUGGUAAACAGGGCACAUCAACAACUCCACCUCAGUCUUCACAAGAAUAAAUGGUCAUAUUAAGCAUCGUGACCUUCCUUUUGCCUUUACAUGUUCCUUGUUCAUAGACUUUUCUUCAGUUUUUGGAUAUCUCUACCAAUAAUACUCUCAGCAGUGUUAUGGCUUUGUUUGUAGCAUCCAGAUAGCAGUUAAGGCGCUGUUCCUUUUCUGUGUUUUCUGGUGUUAUCAAUGCUGUCUGAGGUCUGUAUAUGUGUAAAUAGAAGUAUCCUGACACCCUAAAACCUUGGAUUAAAAAGAAUGUGCAUAGUACAUCUUUAAAAAAAAAAAGUAUAUUAAUUUAUUAAAUCUAGUUGUCACUUUAUUUUGGACUGUUGUUCUGUUGACAAACAAUGUGCCACAAAGCAAUAGUGCAAAGAGGCAAGAUGUUUUUAUAAAAUCUGGAGCUUACUUUACGGUGUUCAUAACAGUUUUUAUUGUAGUAAUAUAGUAUGAUUUUUCAUGAGUGGAAGGGCCACACAGACAAUAUCAGAAGUAAACAACUGUCUUACAGGCAGCAAUGAAGUGGCUGUGAUGAGAACAUAAUGAACUGUGUAUCUUGCUGUCAAGUCUUUUUUUAUUAUUUUGUAUAACACCAAAGCUGUUGUACAUUUUCUAUUGCCUGAUUGUUUUUUCAUGUGUCUGAGUUUGUAAUAUUGUACAGUUACUGUUAAAUCAAGAAAAUAUGUCAUUUUCUGAGAAUUCAGAUGUACUUGUUGAGGCUCAGCUGGGUUUUUCUGUUUGCUUUGGGGAUUUCUGGGGCUUUGGGAAUCAGGAUUUCCUGUAUUGAAGCAGUAAGUAAAAAUUCACUAAAGGUAGGUGAUGCAUUUAAAGGUACCAAGAAAAAUAAGAUAGCUUUACCACUUAUCAGCAGAAGUAUUUUUCAAGACCUCAAGUGAAGGGUUGAACCUUAUCAAUGUGUUUGCACAGAAACAAAGAGCGUAGUGUAAGCAACAUUCUGAUCCGGUCCUUAAUUAAAGAGCUUGAAAUCUCUUUUUCUUUCUUGUGAGUUACCUAAGUUGCAAAUUACAGUAUAAAUUUUAUUUAUACAAUUACAUUUUAAAAAAAAAAAAUCUUUCAGAAAUGGACAGUGUGAAUUUUUCAUGGGAGUAAUCCUGAGGAAGUCAUACAUCACAUACCAUCAAUUGCCUGUGGAGAAGGGAAAUAUAUAUGCUAUUAUACCUGCUAUUAAACAGGCAAAGAAAAGUUAGCAGGUUUCUUUGCAAGGAUGGUCAAACAAGAGCCACUAAAUCAAGUUUGUGUUGUUUGCAUAUGGAGAUAAAGUUCUUUUGCAGUAAUUUUUUUAAUGUAUAUCUUCUAAAGAAAAUACAUAGUAUCACAAAGCUUUAAGUACCACCAAAUCAGUGCUAGAACUGCAGUGCUAUUCCUAAAUUAGAUGAGGGAAUACAUGUAUCCAUUGCAGUAAUCAGAAAAUCGAUGAAACAAUUAAUUUUGUGACUUGGUACUUUGUCCUUCAGUAUUCCCCACUUAACCAUAUAUGUAUCUAAUUAAUACUUGAGAAUCUGGCAGGUUUUUAGAGCAUGUCAUCUCCUUUUAUUGAUGUUGCAUCUCUGAUCUAUGUGUUUUGAGCUAAUUUGGUCCAGGCUGUGACGGUGGUAGUGCAUUUCUUGGUGUCUGGACUGUCAUGUUCUGAGCACAAACCAAACGCAUCAGAAUCCAGUGUCACUAUCAGGAGGUCAGAAACUACUACUUUGCAGAGUUACUGUUUUCCUGAUAGUUUUGAACCAUAAAUACUAGCUUUUGGAGUGAUUUAAUAGGAUUUUUCCAGUUAAAUGAAGUUAUGGAGAAAUAGCCAAAAUGUUUCUAAUUCACUCUUGCUGACUAAAGGUUAAAUUGAGUAUUCACCCCGAAUAUUUUUGAUGUGCAUAAAUGUUGCAUUUGAAUAUUUACAGUGGUGUACCUUGUGGGACAAGUAUUUUUUCACAGGGUGGAAUUCCUUGGUAACUGACAUUCUUAUUUUUGCCAGAAUUCCGACCUUGACAAAUCUUUUGUAAAGAGUUCCAAAAAUCUCAAAUAUUGGCAGCACUGCUGUGCAUCGUGCAGAAUUUGCAGUAGUGCAGUUCGUGUAACUUUUGUGUUUUUAUCAAAACUGGUCUUAACAUUAAAAUUUAUUAAGAAAAAGCCAUUUUGCUGUUUCUUAUUACUGUUAAUUUUGUAAGUCAUGAUGUUAAAAAAGAACACAUUGAUCCAGUCAUGUAAUGUGAACUGUAGCUAUUUUAAUGUAGCUUACAUUAUCUGUAUUUGCUCUUUGUUGAUGAGAACUGGUUUCAAAUGAAACUCGAGCUUGCUUUUGCACUACUUUACAGAUCACAGAUGGAGUGAAGUUUCUGAAACUGUAUUGUAAGAGUCCAAAAGAAUCUCAUCUCGUAUCUCCUUAUUUUAAGCAUGUUCUAGGAAAGAAGGUUGUAUAAAAAAAAAUUAAAUGAUUUCUUGUAAUUAUUGUUUUAAAUUUUAA